AUGGAGCCCAACAACAAGACAGCAAUCUCCGAGUUCAUCUUGAAGGGAUUUUCUGGCUACCCAGCCCUGGAGCACCUACUCUUUCCUCUGUGCUCAGUCAUGUACCUGGUGACCCUGCUGGGGAACACGGCCAUUGUGGUGGUGAGCAAACUGGAUGCCCGCCUACACACGCCCAUGUACUUUUUCCUGGGUAAUCUUUCCAUUUUGGACAUCUGCUACACGACUACUUUUGUACCCCUGAUGCUGGUCCACCUCCUGUCAUCCCGGAAGACCAUCUCCUUUACUGGCUGUGCCAUCCAGAUGUGUCUGAGCCUCUCCACAGGCUCCACCGAGUGCCUGCUGCUUGCCAUUAUGGCCUAUGACCGCUAUUUGGCCAUUUGCCAGCCACUCAGGUACCCCGUGCUCAUGGGCCACAGGCUCUGCCUGAUGCUGGCAGGAACCUCCUGGGUGCUCUGCCUCUUCAAGUCAGUGACAGAGACAGUCAUCGCCAUGAGGCUGCCCUUCUGUGGCCACCACGUGAUCAGACACUUCACCUGUGAGAUCCUGGCCGUGCUGAAGCUGGCUUGUGGCGACACGUCAGUCAGCGAUGCCUUCCUGCUGGUGGGGGCCAUCCUCCUGCUGCCUAUACCCCUGACCCUCAUCUGCCUGUCCUACGUGCUAAUCCUGGCCACCAUCCUGAGGGUGCCCUCAGCCACGGGGCGCCGCAAAGCCUUUUCCACCUGCUCGGCACACCUGGCUGUGGUCUUGCUUUUCUACAGCACCAUCAUCUUCAUGUACAUGAAACCCAAGAGCAAGGAGGUUCAUAUCUCAGACCAGGUCUUUACAGUCCUCUAUGCUGUGGUGACCCCCAUGCUGAACCCCAUUAUCUACAGCCUGAGGAACAAGGAAGUGAAGGAGGCUGCCAAGAAAGCUUGGGAAAGCAGAUGGGCCUGUAGGUGA